AUGUCAACCCACCACACCUCACCCACCCAGCCCCCAUCCCAUCUCAUCCCAGCCACCACACUCCAUCCCAUACCACCACACCGAGCCAGCCUACCCAGCCGCCACACCCCACCACACCCCAUCCCAGGCAGCCAAGCCGAGCUGUGGGAUCCCUCCCUCCCAGAAGGCAAGUCUCCUAUCUCCCAGCACGCAGCCACCCUACAACAACAAGGGAAUGGGUUUGUAGGAGUUGAUGAGGCAGACCCCUCUAUCUUCACCCUACAUCACACGGAUACAGGUACCCGUGGCAGCAAUUCCCCCUAUACAGUCACUGCCUUGGAUGAGAACAUCACCACAGAUGCAAAAGACAGACCACAACAUGACAUCAUCGACCUGGACUCCACCGGCCCCUCCCCCAGUUUCCAAAGGAAAGGCUCUGACCAGAAGAGCCCAUCCCAGUCUGGUCACCCUGACCCCAGUGUGCUCUUGGAGGAGAACCUGUUGCCUCCUGCAGGGUCAGCAGUGGAGCAGGGAAGGAUUAGUAGUGGCUCUCACACACAGAAGGGCCAGGGGAACAGUGAGGAGGUCGGACAGGCUGGUUCUGAUCACACAGGCUUGCUGACAGUGGCACCCAGUGAGGGUGAUGUCAUAGUCGGAUCUGACAACAAGAUUUACAGGCUCCUGAGUGGCCCUCCAGGGCCAGUUGGCCCUCCAGGAGAACAAGGAUCUCAGGGUGUCAGAGGGCAGGAGGGCAGGAGAGGUGAGACAGGCCUCCCAGGUCCUCCAGGCCUACCCACCCUCUACCUGUGGAGGAACUCCCAGGAGGAUUGGACUGACUUCAGGCCCACAGCGGCAUUCCUGGAGAUCCUGGACACAGACGAAUGCCAGGACACAGGGGAGACAUGGGUAACCCUGGGCCGAAGGGUGUGUCAGGUCGAGGAGGGACCUGGGGCAGAGAUGGUGAGCAUGGCCUGGAUGGACAGCCAGGGCCACCGGGAUUGCCUGGGCUUCAGGGUUCUAAAGGAGAGCCAGGGGAACCAGGUUCUGUUGGCCCACUUGGGCCGGUUGGUAAAAGAGGAGUCCAAGGAUUUUCAGGGUCACUUGGGCCUCAGGGUGAUUCUGGGUAUGAUGGCGCCCAAGGUCCAUUUGGGCCAAUGGGAGAAGCAGGGCCAGAUGGACCAGUUGGCCGGUCCCAUAGGAUUGUCAGGACAGAGAGGCUCUCCUGCACUUCGAGGAAUCCAAGGUGAAGUCGGGCCAAUGGGCAUGAAGGGUUUAUCAGGCCUUGAAGGGCCCAUGGGUUCUGUUGGUGCAUCAGGGAUCCUAGGCCGUCAGGGUGAGAGGGGUCAGAGUGGCCUCUCAGGCCUUCCUGGUGUCAGAGGUCAAGCUGGCCCCCAAGGCAUUCCGGGUGAAGACGGAGAGGUCGGCCUCCAGGGAGUGGUUGGAAAGGAGGGGUCAAAGGGCCACAGGGGAACUCCAGGCCAUAAUGGGAAAUCAGGACCUAAAGGACCCAGGGGUCGUACUGGACAGCCUGGUCUUUUUGGUAUACCUGGAAUUCUGGGUUUUAGAGGCCUCAUUGGGACUGAGGGUGCAGAAGGAAAGCCUGGUACACAGGGUGAGCUUGGUUCUGCUGGUAUUCCUGGAACUAAAGGACACAGAGGAUUUUCAGGUCUGGGGGGAGCACCAGGACGAGCAGGUCCCCCAGGUGCUCAGGGUCCUCCAGGAAAGUCUGGACAAGACGUCAGUCCUGGGCCACCUGGUGAUAGGGGCUUCACAGGGAAAGAUGGCGUGGAGGGUCGCCAGGGGCCAGUGGGCAUGUAUGGCUACCCAGGAGCAGUGGGUUUAACUGGGAGACCUGGUCAUUUUGGAGAGAGGGGGGAACCUGGUGUGAGAGGUCCCGCUGGUAUCCCUGGGAAGAGUGGACCACCAGGGUUAAAGGGAUCUCAUGGAGAGAGAGGGCCGGCUGGACCUCAGGGUCGUCAAGGAGACAAUGGACUCAAUGGCAUACAGGGGUCACCAGGUCCUCCAGGCCUACCAGGGCCAGAGGGCAGGACAGGAAAGCCAGGCCCCCCAGGAAGCCAGGGGCCUCUGGGGCCUCAGGUGCUAGCCGGACCCACCGGGUUUCCAGGCACUCCUGGGAUAGAUGGAGUAACGGGGCAGGUUGGAGAAAAUGGAGUGCAGGGAGCAGCAGGGCCUGUUGGGGACAGUGGGCCAGCUGGACUGGAUGGACAGCAGGGUCCCCCAGGAACAGUUGGUGAGGAGGGGCCAUCUGGCAGGAAGGGGGAACCGGGAGCUCCAGGUCCCUUUGGAAAGGCAGGGCCGAAUGGACUACAGGGAGAGCCAGGGCCACAGGGCUCCCAGGGGAUGCAGGGUGAGCCUGGCCCAAGGGGCAAAGAGGGAGAGAUGGGAGGUUUCGGCAACAGAGGAUAUCCUGGUCCUAAAGGACAAAAGGGGGACAUAGGACCUCGUGGAUUUUCUUGGUCGGAGGGGCCCUCAGGAGCUCUUGGGGACAAUGGGAAAAGAGGAGUGAAGGGAGAGAAGGGCUACGUAGGACUACGAGGCCAGGUGGGGUUGAUUGGGGAAGCUGGACCAUCGGGCUUGUCUGGACUGGAAGGUGUUCCAGGACCUUUUGGAUUGGCUGGCGCUGAUGGACCACAAGGGCAGAAGGGGGACAAAGGCCCUUAUGGUAUGGCUGGGAACCCUGGAAACUCAGGCCUUAAGGGGAUGUCAGGCAUCAGUGGAGUGAAUGGUGACAUGGGGAAACAUGGACCAAAGGGAGUGCGGGGAGGCAUGGGGAGACAGGGAGAGAUUGGUCCAAAGGGUUUCCCGGGACUUAAGGGGCCCAAAGACGAGCCUGGAGAUAAAGGAGAACCAGGAGAGCAGGGGCCAGAGGGUCUUCCUGGCGACAGGGGUCCCCAAGCGUCUCCUGGAUUGAAGGGUUUGCCUGGUGAGGUGGGGCCUCAGGGAACUGUUGGCCCACCAGGACCUUUGGGACCAAAAGGUCAAACAGGCCCUGAGGGGAGACUAGGCCAGAAAGGUCAAAAGGGGUAUGAUGGUCGAAAUGGGUAUCCAGGAAAGACCGGACACAUUGGAAGGAGGGGGAAUAGAGGAAAAACUGGAAGCAAAGGCUUAGGUGGAGAGAGAGGAGAAAAGGGAAAGAGGGGAGAUUUUGGUUCAACCGGGCCUCCAGGAAGGCAAGGGCCUUAUGGGACACCUGGCUUACAAGGAGAGAAGGGUCUAAUGGGUGGACCAGGUAUAGAGGGAGAGAAGGGGAAGAUGGGAUUAACAGGUCCUCCUGGGGGUCAGGGGUUGAAGGGGACACAAGGCCCUUUGGGUCAGACAGGGAGGGCUGGCCUAAAAGGAGAACAAGGAGACAUUGGUCCUCAUGGGGAAUGGGGGACCCCAGGUCUACCUGGACUGCCUGGUUUGUUUGGAGAAAAGGGUCUAAAAGGAUUUGCUGGAACAGCAGGUCCUGUUGGAGUGAGAGGCUUGCCUGGCCUCCCUGGACCUCCUGGCCCCCCUGGAACCUCUCUGAAUCUCUCUCUGGCACAACUCAAGGACCUCAUGUACCUGUCAGACAAGCCCAACUACCUCCUGAUCCAGACUCUGCUGGAUUUAUUGCACCAAGAACUGCACUUGCUCAUAGAUCCACCAGACGGCACCAAAGAACACCCGGCUACCACCUGCUUGGAGCUCUGGCUCUCCCAGCCCAACUUCACUAACGGGAUGUAUUACAUUGAUCCUAACCAGGGCAGCCCAGCUGAUGCCCUUCUGGUGUACUGUGACUUCACUGCAGCACCAAAGACCUGUCUGUCUCCGCUGCAGCCUCAGGUGCCAGUAAAAGCAUGGCUGAAGGAUUCUGGGACAAAUAACUCAUUUCAUUGGUUGAGUUCAAAGGAAAAAGGCUUUCAGUUUGAGUAUCUAGGACCCGAUGUGGUGCAGAUGAGAUUCCUGAGGUUGAACAGCAGGCUCACCAGUCAGAACAUCACCUACUCCUGCCAGCCUGGGAACAUACAGGGACCAGGCGAAAGAGAGGUGAAGUUCCUGGCAGACACACAAAGACAGAGUUACCUGGGGACAUUACAAGAUUGCGUGCCCUCUGAGGAGCUGCAUUCCGGAGGCCGUCGUGAGGCGGUGUUCCAGUUUGAGAGUGAGGACUUGGAUCUGCUUCCCCUGAGAGAUCUGGCAGUGUUCGGCAGCAGUGACCUCACACAGGAGUUUGGAUUCACUGUUGGGCCUGUGUGCUUCAGCUAAAGGAAGAGAGACACUCUCUAAGGACUGAUAAAAGCAGAGACAACAAUGAGACAACCACCAGCCAGUGGGGAAAUGACCCAGAGAAACAGAUACAGAGAAAGACAUCAGCAUCUCUCCUCUUCUCAUGACAUUCUUGUUUAUUGCUAAGACAAAGUAGACGUACCAACCAACAGGAAAAAGUGUCUCUUCUCUAUCCAAAGGUUGACCAGUUACAAAUAUGAACUGGUUAGUCUAUCCAUUUUCAGAGGCCAGUGAUAUUCUUGAGAGAAAUUAUCUUUGUAUUUUAGUUUACACUGAUUUCACUGGUGAUAUUGAAACAUGCUUAUUUAUGUAAUUGGUUUAAAUGACCGAGGUUUCUUUAAAUGCUAAAGGUUGCUAUAAUUAUUUUUUCACGUUACCCAUUCUUAAUUCAGGUAUGUUUUUGAUGAAGAGCACUGUGGUUUACACAUUAACCUUCACUGCUGCAAUUUAACAAUGUGUCCCAAAUUGGAGACAUAGCUAAAAUCUCUAUUUUAUGAGCUCCGUGCUCACUCUACGUCAUUAUAUACACACUAUACCCUUACAUCUGCAGUUAGAAACUAAGAAACAUUCCAAUAUUGAUCCCUUGGUUUUGACUAUUAUUAGGAACUAUGACAAUGAAUUCUGUCUGGUGAUAAUAUUGUAUGCAUUAUUGCAUCACCUGAUAGAUGCAGUAACCUAAUCACCAUUUCUACCAUUUGUGAAAUUGUGAUGUUUUGAUUUCUGUUGAUACAGAGGAACAAUGCAGUACUGUAAAAAAAAUAAUAAUGUGUUUUUACGUUUUUCUUCAGUUUCAUCUUUGUUUCAAGAUAUGUAUUUAAUUGUGUGAUUUACUUAAUUUAUAUGCUGGCCAUUUUCUUUGUUGUUUUUCUUUUUAAGUUUGAAUAAAUAGCAAUCAUUCAUA